UCAUUAAUGAGACAAAAUCACUACCACCUUUAAAACCCAACACAGAGUAACCUCCAAAAUCCAAAACCACAAAGAGAAAAGAGAGAAAAGCAAAGAUGGAGAAAAUAGAGCAUACGACAAUCCACACAAACGGCAUAAACUUGCACGUCGCUUCAAUCGGAACCGGUCCGGUGGUUCUCUUCCUCCACGGGUUCCCGGAGCUAUGGUACUCGUGGCGCCACCAGAUGCUUGCCCUGUCAUCACUCGGGUACAGAGCCAUCGCCCCUGACCUCCGGGGCUACGGUGACAGCGACGCGCCUCCGUCGGCGGAGUCCUAUUCGUCCUUCCACAUCGUUGGCGACCUGGUGGGGCUGAUUGAUAAACUGGGUAUUGAUCAGAUUUUCUUGGUGGGCCAUGACUGGGGAGCUAUGAUCGCCUGGCACUUCUGUUUGUUCCGCCCUGACAGAGUCAAAGCCUUGGUCAACUUGAGCGUGCCCUUCCGUCCUAGGCACCCAAACAUUAAACCCGUCGAUGGUCUCAGAGCUUUGUUUGGUGAUGAUUACUAUAUUUGCAGAUUCCAGGAACCGGGCGAGGUCGAAGAAGACUUAGCUGGAGAUGACACUGCAAACAUACUAAAGAAAUUUUAUGGUGGUCGGAAUCCACGUCCUCCAUGUGUGCCUAAAGAAAUAGGAUUCAAAGGCCUUAAAGCUCCUGAAUUACCCUUUUGGCUCUCACAACAAGACCUCGAUUAUUUUGCUGAAAAAUUCAAACAAAAGGGUUUCACUGGAGGAUUGAAUUAUUAUCGAGCUUUAAACUUGACUUGGGAGCUGACAGCAGCGUGGAGUGGAGUACAAUUGAAAGUACCAACCAAGUUCAUAGUUGGAGAUUUGGACAUAACUUAUCACUUCCCUGGUGCCAAAGAAUACAUAAACGGAGAUGGCUUUAAGAAAGACGUUCCAUAUUUGCAGGAUGUGGUUGUAAUGGAAGGAGUAGCUCACUUCAUCAACCAAGAAAAGCCAGAGGAAGUUAGCACUCAUAUUUACGACUUCAUUAAGAAGUUUUGAUACCCCCAUUGUCACCUUCCACCAACCCCUUUAUGAUUUUUCUUUGACCAACUUUAUAAUUUGAUGAAUUUUCUUGAAUAAAGUAAAACAUGUUCCUUUUA